AUGCCCCUCAACACUUGCAAUUUCGCGACGAGCCUCGACAUCUUGGACGCGCUGACACAUCAUCAGAUACAAAGGAGAGACCAUUUUGUUGCACCAAAUGUCGCAGUACAUUUCGAGCAAAAGCGCCGGACGAACAACAAGCAGGCCGCUGACCCAGGCCCUUCGAAGCCAGCUGCAAUCCUCGACGCACCAGCCCACCUCGAAGAACAUGAAGAAGACAUGGUCGAUGCUGACAUCGAGGCCGCCGCCAUGCUAAUGACCGACUUCCACAACCGCGCCAUGGCGAGCCAGGAGCCCGAGAUGGUACCAAACCACUCCGAAUCCAUCAUCUCGCCCACAGGCCCAUCAAUGAUGGAGCCCGUCGUGCCUUACAAUGCCCUGGAGAGACUCGAUGGUGCCGCAGACGCUGAGAGCAAGUCGCCCUCAGCCUUCACUCGCGGAAGCGCACUGAACUCGCACCCGCACCAGCUCCCCCCACUGAUGGAGCGCACAAUGUCGGGCAACGACACCCUGGCUCCUACAUUCCCCUCUAUGGAUGGUGGCAACGGCCUAGGAACCCCUGGCGCACUCUCGCCGUACCCAUCAAUGCUGGGUCCUGUCUCGCCCGUCGACUACCGCAAGUCGCCUGGUCCCAGCCAGGCUCUGACCAUGACGCGCGCUCCCCAGCUGGAGUCGGAAGACCAAUGCGCAAGGAUCUACGAGAACAUCAAGCAGUAUGAUAGCGAGAAUGCGCUCCUCGAGACCUUCCACCUGCCCAGCCUGAACACGCUGAACCGCCUGCUCAAGACGUACUUCGACCUGUUCCACCACCAUCUGCCCUUCCUGCACCCAGCGACGUUCAACCCGACCGAGGUGUCUGCGCCCCUUCUUCUCGCAGUGCUUUCGAUUGGUGCCCUGCCUUACAUGCUGCACAUUGGAUCCAAGGUUCUUGUCAACCAGUUUCUGCAGAACAAGGAGAACUUUAGCUCGCGCAAGUGCCCGCUGUGGACCAUGCAGAGCACCCUGCUCAACAUGAUAUUCUCCAGCUGGAGCGGCGACCCCAAGGGUCUCGAGUGGGCCUGCUCGAUCAAGAGUUUACUUGCCAAUAUGGUUGCUGGAAACCGCUACGAGCUCAAGAUCCGUACAGAAGCUCGCGAGGGCGCGCAACCAACCCAUCAGGAAUGGGUCGUCGACGAGCAGUGCCGACGAACAUACUAUGCAGUGUACAUCUUCUUCGGACUCUUGACUUUGACCUACAACCACACCCCGGCCAUGGGUUUCAACGAGUUUGAUACAUUGGAAUUGCCAUCAUCCGAAUCGCUCUGGACUAUGGAAGUUUCCGACGACGAGGCCUGCGCCUUUGCAACGCGCGUAAUGAUCAACGCGCUCUUCCUCGAGGUCUGGUAUCACAAGCGCAGCCCAGAAGCUCUGCAAGAUGUGGUCACCGAGUACAAGCUUCGUCUGGCUCUGGAGACCUGGGAGAAGUCGCUCGAGCUAUGCGAGCCCGAGACUGUGGUCGUUCAGUUGAGCGCCCCACAUAAGGGUCACCCUCUGAUCUUCAACGCCAUGGCGCUCUACCGCAACACUCGCGCCCGCCUUGUAGUCGACUUGAAGUCCAUCCAGGAAGCACUCCGCUACCACGAUUCGUACGAAGUUGCUGCGGCUAUGACGAACGCCCGCGAUAAGGUCCAGCGAUCGCAAGAGAUGAUCAAGGUCAUCCAGGAGUGCUUCGACUGCAUCGAGGUUGCAGCAGUACAAGGUAUCCGCUGGGUCGCCCGCACUUCAGCUACAAAUUGGAGCAUCGAGCACCCGCUCACUGGCAUGGAUCUUAUGGUCAUUCUUACCUUAUGGCUCUACCGCCUCGAGCACGACGAAGAACCUGCUACCGAGGAAGAGCUGGCUAUGUACAACAAGCUCCGUAACCUGUUUGACGAUGACUCUGUUGACGUCUAUGGCGCAAAAUUGAGCUCCACUGUUGCCCGACUUUGGGGCAGCAUGAUCGACGAGGUUGUUGUUUGGGGUAUCACUAAGCUCAUGGGCGAAGCCUUCAAGCUACACUCGCAAGCCCUCGUUGGCUACGAAGACGCCAUGUCGUCUCGAUCCGGAUCUGCUUCACCAUCAAUGGCCACUGGUGGUGUGCAAGCACUGGAAAUGCAGAUGGUUUACUAG